AUGCGGAUCACCGUGCGGCCUGGCUUCCUCUUGUCUGACCCGCAGCACCAACUCGCACGAUUUGUUCCGAAAAGCAACAAGGACAUCCCGCUAGUGAAUUUGAGGAACGAGGAGCUGGCUGAGUUAGAGCGAACGAACAGGAAAGCAAAGGAUCCGGCAACGACGGAAAACGCCAACGGACUUGUUCGUGAUGAUGCUGGAAUCUGGAGAGACCAAGAGGGUCAUGGGUGCAAUGCGAGAGGCAAAAGGCUUAAUGGAGAUGGUAACAUCAUUCCACCAGCACCUUUACCAGUGGAUAUUGUUGACCAGAAUCCACCACCUGCACCGCGUGGUAAUGCUGUGAUCGUUCGAAAUCAGAGGAACGUUCCAGAAGAUCGGAAUGUGAGGGAACCUGCACCUGCAGCUGGUCGUGGACGAACAAGAUUACAACAGCAUCCCUUUCAUGGCCACUCUCAUGAGCACCCUAUGGAUCACAUCGAGAGGUUUGAGGACUUGGUCACCAGCAUCAAGUACAAUGAAGUGUCCAAUGAUUUCCUCCUCUACAAGCUGUUUCCUUACUCUCUUGCUGAAGAAGCAGCUAACUGGUUGAAGCAGUUGGAGCCAGGAUCACUCACUACUUGGGAAGAGACCAGGAAUGCUUUCCUGCACAACUUCUUCGAUGAUGCUAGGUCUGAGGAGUUGAGGACGAAAAUUUCAACAUUUUCUCAAGAACCAACUGAAGCAUUCAAAGCUUCUUGGGUACGAUUUAAGUCGUACCAGCGAGACUGCCCCCAUCAUGGAUUCAGUGAUGUGCAGCUGUUGGGUAUCUUCUUCAGAGGUAUCGACUGGAGAUACCCAGAAGAAGCUGUUGAGCUCAUCGAAAACUUGGCAUCCAGCAAUAGCACCAAGAAUGCUGAUCUUCAGCGAAAAAAGCAAGCUGGGAACAUGGAUAGAUCGCAGAUCGCUGAGGUGAAAGCAAAACUUUACUCUGUGGACAGCCUCUUAGUGGGUAAGAAGUCUGUCAGAUUCGCACAGGAAAUGGAUAGUUUUGAACCUGAGGAUGAAGCUGAGGUGGAAGAUGUCAACUUUGUUAGUGGAUCAGGGUUUCACAGUCAGAGGUUUGGUAAUCAGCAAGGUAACAGAAGGUACAGUGGGAACUACAAUGGAAACAAUCAGAGGAGUACCUUCAACAGUAAUCAGAACUUCUCUGGUUACACACCUAAGCCUCAGUACCAGAAGCCUUUUUCCAACAAAAGUUUUUCCAGAAACUACAGCACUCCUUCAACUCAACCUCAAACUCCUGACAAUGAGAUGAAGUCUAUGCUGGAACAAAUUCUGGAAGGUCAGCAGAAGCUCACCGUGGACUUCAAUGGAAAGAUGGAUGCUCUCUACCUUGAUCUGAAUGGGAAAAUCGAAGAAUUGAACACUCAUGUCAAGCAGCUCGAUACGCAGGUUGUCCAAACUGCAUGUACUGUCAAAAGGCAAGAAGGUUUUCUUCCUGGAAAGACUGACACCAAUCAGAGGCAUCACUGCAGUGCUAUCACGUUGAGGAGUGGUAAAAAUCUGAGUUCUGAGCCCAAGAAGACGUCUCCUGCACCUGAGGUCGUGGAUUUGGAAGACCCUGAAGAAGUUCAUGAGAUUGCAGGGCCGGUGUCGAGCGACACCACAACCAGUGUCGCGCGUCACCAACCACAGAGCCAAGCUGUUGAUGCUCCGAAUUCAAAAUCUGCUGAGGAGAAAGUCUACAAACCUAAAGUUCCUUACCCAAGAAGCCCUAGGAAGUCCAAACAAGAGAUUUAUGAUGCACGAUGCAAAGCUUUGAUGGAAAAGCUUGUGAUUGAAAUACCUUUGGUUGAUGCUGUAAAAAUCACUCCUGUUAUCAGGCGUUAUGUGAAUCGAAUGGUGACCAAUAAUCUCAGCCAUGAACAAGGAGUGAUGAUGAUUUCUGAGCAAGUCAGUGCAGUGAUUCAGAACUGA